CUGCUGACGCGUCGCCGCGAUCCACCGUUUGUUGACAGCCGAUCCACUUCCGUCCCGUGCUGUCAAGCGACCAUCUUUCUUUUCUGAUUCGUGCUGUGCUAGAAACGCCCCAAAGGUCAGCAAGAUGCAGUUGCAUAUUCGUGGACUUAAUACCCACGUCCUGGACGUCCAGCCCCAGGAAUCCAUCAGCCAGAUCAAGGCCCGCCUGGCCGCGCUCGAGAAUGUCGAAGACGCCGCCCACCUGGUCCUGUCCUGCGAGGGUGCCAUCCUGGCCACCGAUGCCCUGGUGACCGAUCUGUCCUCCAUCGAGCUGGACCUGACCAUCCCACUGCUGGGAGGUAAGGUGCACGGUUCCCUCGCCCGUGCCGGUAAGGUCAAGGGUCAAACCCCCAAGGUCGAGAAAAAGGAAAAGAAGAAGAAGAAGACCGGCCGUGCCAAGCGUCGCAUCCAGUACAACCGCAACUUCGCCAACGUGGUGCAGGCCUUCGGACGCCGCCGCGGACCGAACGCCAACUCGACGUAAAACGGUUGAGACAUGGUGGUGGCCUCGAGUGUGUGUGCUGGGCACGGAGAGUGUUGGAGUUUGUAAAAGUGUUGGAAUUUCGCUGAAUGCGAUCGUCCGCACAAGAAAAUAAACGGAAAUCCUUUAUUAUUUAAGAUGUA